UCUGUCGGUUUUAUAGGUAUAGUCGCCAUUUAGUCAGUAGGAACGAGAAGUCGUUGCGGGAACAUGUAAUUUGAACUUAAUUUCCAAUUAAUUACAUCGAUAAUACACCACAUAUAGAUGGAAUAUUUACUGAAGGAAAGAUUGAAUCGGAAACUGACUUUGGGUUUACUGCCUCCGUGAGGAUCGCGGUAACGGGACGAUCCAAGAAGAGGACCCUCUUUCUCUGCUGGUUGUCUCUUGUGCUCAAUGACGGCUGUUUCUGUCUCGCUGCAGGAUGGGUUGUGUGGAUUUGAUGGUCCUUGUUUGUCAGCAGCAACACCAGUGUUUGCUUUUCUGUGACGGCGUCCUGUUCUUUUCCACUUACAAAAGAACACCCCCUCUUGUGGGGCCAGACCCUGUGUGGUGUAAAAGCAUUCGAUACUUUUGUUAGGUGAUAUACUUGUCGGGCACACCUUAAAACCCCAGCUCCCUCUGUCCACAGCUUUUAAUUUGUAGAGAUUGCCUUUUUUUUUUUUUUUUUUUCUUUUUCUUGCAACGGCUGAAGGAAAAGCUGAGCAUUACAUUAUUGGUUCAUAUUAGAAAUUAAUUUUGUAUUUCCGCUGCUUCUGCACACAAGUGUACAAGCAAAAAAUGGCGGAAAACCCGAACAAGGUUGUGACGUUCCUAGCCCCUCCCCCAAAAAGCAGUAACGGUGCCAGCUCGGACACGCUGGUGGGUGAGAAGGUUGGACCAGAAGUUCGACGACGGCGUCACACUAUGGAACGGGACCUAAAAACAGCUGAACACCGGUUCUUCCGCCGCAGCGUUAUCUGCGACUCUAAUGCUACUGCCUUGGACCUCCCAAGCAAAGCAUGUUUCCUCAGCUCACCACCUGACUCAGAGCCCACCAUAGUCUUGGACCCUGGAGCUCCGUGUUCGGAACCCCACGAGGGUGUCAUCAAGGCAAGAACAACAGAGACUGACAAGGACGGCACUGCCCAUGUUGAUGGGAUUUCGGAGAGGCUGAGUGUGCCACCCCUAGUCCCUUGCAUCGAGGACACUGUGCCGGUCUCUGCUGCUGCACCCAUGGUGGCAUCAGAGGCGCCAGGCAAAGCUGGGGAUAUGACUGAGAAGAGAGAUGAUGAUGAGGAGAAGGAAGCUGCCAAGGCACGAGCAGAGGCAGAACAACGGGAAGCAGAGAAGAAGGUGCAGGAGGACAUCGAAGAGGUGGAGACAAAGGCAGUAGGCACUUCACCCGAUGGCCGUUUCCUCAAGUUUGACAUUGAGAUUGGCCGUGGCUCUUUCAAGACCGUCUACAAGGGCCUAGACACUGAGACCACUGUGGAAGUGGCUUGGUGUGAGCUGCAGGACCGCAAACUAUCCAAAUCAGAGCGGCAGCGGUUCAAGGAGGAGGCUGGAAUGUUGAAGGGGUUGCAGCACCCCAACAUUGUGCGUUUCUAUGACUCCUGGGAGUCUCCCUGCAAGGGCAAGAAGUGUAUUGUGCUGGUGACAGAACUCAUGACAUCAGGAACCCUCAAAACCUACCUGAAGCGUUUCAAAGUGAUGAAGAUCAAAGUGCUACGUAGCUGGUGCAGGCAAAUCCUGAAGGGGCUCCACUUCCUCCACACUCGCACCCCUCCGAUCAUCCACCGGGACCUCAAGUGCGACAACAUUUUCAUUACGGGCCCCACCGGCUCUGUCAAGAUCGGGGACUUGGGUCUGGCCACACUCAAGAGGGCCUCCUUCGCCAAGAGUGUUAUAGGUACCCCUGAGUUCAUGGCGCCUGAGAUGUAUGAGGAGAAGUACGACGAGUCGGUGGAUGUGUAUGCCUUUGGGAUGUGCAUGCUGGAGAUGGCUACCUCAGAGUACCCGUACUCCGAGUGCCAGAACGCCGCCCAGAUCUACCGCAGAGUCACCAGCGGUGUGAAGCCAGGCAGCUUUGAUAAGGUAGCCAUACCUGAAGUGAAGGAGAUCAUCGAGGGAUGUAUUCGUCAAAAUAAAGAUGAAAGGUACUCUAUCAAGGAUCUGCUGAACCAUGCCUUCUUCCAAGAGGAGACAGGUGUGCGGGUGGAGCUGGCUGAGGAGGAUGAUGGGGAGAUGAUCGCCAUCAAACUGUGGUUGCGUAUUGAAGAUGUGAAGAAACUCAAGGGCAAGUACAAAGACAAUGAGGCCAUUGAGUUCUCCUUUGACCUCAGCAAAGAUGUCCCUGACGAUGUGGCCCAGGAAAUGGUUGAUUCUGGCUACGUAUGUGAGGGUGACCACAAAACAAUGGCCAAAGCCAUCAAGGACCGUGUGUCACUGAUCCACCGCAAACGGGAGCAAAGACAGUUGGUCCGUGCUGAGCAGGAGAAGAGGAAGCAGGAGGAAGAGCAGCAGCAGCAACAGGCAGAGCUUCAGAAGCCUCCACAGACUGCUUCAGGCGUGUCGCAGACCCAGCUACCUAUCACCACCACAUCCCCAGGCCCGGCUCCUGUGCAGACAGAAGCAGAGGAGCCAGAGGGGGACCAGCAGCAGCAGCCACAACAACAACAACAACAAUUUCAGCAGUCUGGCCUCUCUGUCUCAUCCACCGGGACAGCGGACAGUGGCCAGGGAUCUUCUGUUUUCUCAGAGUCGCUUUUGGGUCAGCCAAAUAUGUCAUACAGCUCACCACCUGCUCAGCCGCAGCAGGCUCCAUCCUCCAGCCAGGCUUCUUAUCAACCCCCCUCAUCUCAGCCCAGUCUGGCUCCGCAGCUCAGCGCCUAUCAACAGCAGGAGACACCCUCCAGCCAACCUUUUUACCAGGCUCCCUCCUCCCAGCCUAGCCUGGCACCACAGCACAGUGCCUAUCAACAGGCCCCACCAUCCAGCCAGGCCUCUUUCCAAGCUCCUGCCUCACAGCAUAGCACCUACCAACAGCAGGCCCCACCCACCAGCCAGACCUCUUACCAAACUCCAACCUCCCAGCCCAGCUUGGUCCCACAGCACAGCGCCUAUCAGCCACAGGCUAUGCCGCAGUCUGUGACGUGUCCGUACAGUGGAGGAGCCACCGCCCUCCCAGAGACACCUAUUUUUUUUCCCACCAUACCGGAGCGGCCCAUCUCCUUCUCGCCGCCACCUUCUGGCCCACCCAAAGUUAUCAGUGUUCAGCGUCGCAAGAGCACUUCUGUCCUGGAGGCCCACACACGCCACUUUCAGAACCCUUACCGAACUUUUGGAAGCAGUCUGCACCCAUUUGCAGGGCUUGAGCCUUUGGGUGGAGCACCAGAUACACCUGUGCUUUUGGUGCCGACCCAGGUGGAACCUGUGUAUGGGUACAAGGACACAAGGAUGGAGCAGGAAGAGGCGGUGCGCCGGUUUGGUCUCAACCAGCCUCCUUUGCUGGACCACUAUGAAGCCUUGGCCUAUGCUGGUUACCCAUCAACUGCUCACCAGCUGAGUCAGAUAAGCUUCCACCAGCAGAUGCAUGUAGCAGCUGCUGCUACAGGCAUCAGUUAUGAGCCUUCUCAACCAUGUCAGGCCUUUCUCCACCCACACAUGCAGAGCCACAUGCGACUGACCCACAGCCCCAUUCCACAACUGCCGACAAUAAGUGCUUCAGGCCCCUUGCCAACAGGAGCUGACCCAUGUUACCAGCAGCAGCAGUCCUUCCCACACUCUGCUCCACCUGUCCUGGCUCAUUCUGGGGAGCCCGUGCCUGGCACUGUAUUUGAGUUUCAGCUACAGAGUGUUUCAGGGGACCCCAGCCUCUUGGCCGGCAGACUGUAUCGGGCUCGCCGUGGCUCCAUGGACCUGAACCUCGAGGAGCCACCAUGUACACCAGGGCUCUGCGGCCGUCUGCAGCCCGUAACUGAGGAGCUAUACAGCUAUGUGAGUCCAGAGCUGCCCCUGCCCCCCGGGAACCUGCUUCUACAUGGCCUGAAGGACCGCAGCCCUGAGCCCUCCAGUGACUCUGUGGCUUCCUCAGAUGCUGGUGAAUUCCACUCCCCACCUCCGCAUGCAGGGCACCCCCCUGCGGAUGCCUCUGCUGCCCAGACAAUUCCUCGCACCUCUUACUACUGUGCAGACAAUGGGAGCACUGCGGCAGAUGCGCACCCUCCCAGUCAGCCCACCUUUCUGUUCAUACCACCUUCCGAGGCUUCCGCAACAGCUGCCUCCCGCAUGAACAUGCUCCAUGGCAGCUGGGCCCGGCCGACAACCUACCAACCAGACCUGGCUUACCAGGAGUCUGGCCCAGCCCAUCAGGGUUCCUCUUUGGUUUCUGGAGGGCAGCUUCCUGGGCCCCAAGUCACCAGUGUUCACUCACAGGCCCCCAGCUCACAGCCUAGUGCUCUCCCUCCUCAGCAGUACGGAGGUUACUACGUCCCAUCGCACCCUCCACAGAUUCCUAUGGUGCCCCCCUCCCAGCCUGUGCCCUCCCUCCCGCUGCAGCCACCCCCUGGCAGUACUGUGGUUCAGAGCUCCUCACAGACCCCUUUGCCACCCAGUGUGCUACCAACACAGCCUGUGGUGUCCUCACCGAUAUUCACUCCCCAUGGGGACACAGUUUCCCUUGUCCCAGCUCUUGGUUCCACUCCCAAUCUGACCCAGCCCCCGCUUUCACUCUGCCCUUCAUCCUACGGCCCCCCUUCAACUGGGCAUGUCUCCAUGGCACAGGGGGGCUUCGCUGUGCAGUCACUCCCAGUAACUGUGGCACCCAGCCAGCCUCAGCAGGCACUUCCCAUAGGGGCAACACCAACCUCUGUGCCCCCGGUUGGGCAGCCCUCUGUGGUUCCGCCCACAGUGCCACACAUGGCCCCAUCUCAGCAACUGGCUCCAGCCACACCGACGGUCCGCGCAGGCACCGUCCCGGCAGAGCUGCCCUUUCAGACAGGAGAUGCUUCUCACCAGGCACCCCAGUGUGUUCCUCAGCCUUUGCCCUCAGAGCAGCCCCAAGGACAAACUCCGCAAGUGGCCUCUUCCAUGGAGAGUGGCCUCUCGGACGUGGCAUCCGGUCUGAGUGAUGGAAAUGAAGGAAUGUCGACCACAGGGGGUCGCCACGAGGGACGUCCUGCUAAACGACAUCAACGCAGGUCUGUGCGCAGUCGCUCACGCCAUGAGAAGACCACCAAGGCCAAGCUGAACGUCUUGAAUAUCUCCAACAUCGGUGACAGAGUUGCUGAAUGCCAACUGGAAACACACAACAGGAAAAUGGUGACUUUCAAGUUUGACUUGGAUGGAGAUAAUCCUGAAGAAAUUGCACAAAUCAUGGUGACGAGUGAGUUCAUCCUGGAGUGUGAGCGUGAGUCCUUCAUCGAGCAGGUGCGCGAGGUCAUUGAGAUGGCGGAUGAAAAAAGGCUGGAGCUUGAGGGCCUGAAAGAUGGCUCUGGGGAGGAGGGGAGCCAAUUGGCCCAGCAGGUGCCUGUCACCUCUGCCCCCCUGUUGCCAGGUGUCCCACCCAGUGCAGCUGCCCAGGUGGUGCAUUCUGCUGGACGCAGAUUUAUUGUAAGCCCAGUGCCUGAAUCUCGUCUCCGGGACCAGUUCUUUGGUCCUGCGUCCCACCUGCCUUCAAGAGAACCCUCUACACCCGCAGCAUCUGCUUUGGGCCUGUCCCAUUCCGCCUCCUCAGUUAGCCUACAACAAGCCUUCUCUGAGAUGCGGCAAAGCCAGUUCGACCCAGGGCCUAGCACUGCCCCUGCCUCUGUGCAUGUGGCUAUGCCACCUCUGUUAGCCAGCAUGACUAGCAUAAGCAGCACAGGGGAGGCAGUCAUCGAUGUUAACGUGACUGUGACCUCACCUCCUGCCCUCCCAUCUGUUACCCCUCCUGUACCCCAGGCCCAAGCUCCAGAGCCAGCCCCAUCAUCCGUACCCUUCAUGUCCCUCACCCCCCCAAGUUCCUCAUCGCCACCACCUCCGGGCGUCCAUCAGCCCGUUGGUGUUGGACCCGCUGCCCCUGUGGUUGCUGUCCCCACUCAGCCGCAACCAGUCAACCUGAUUCCCUCCACACUGCCUCCCACUCAGCCAGCUGUCACCACGGCCCCAAGUGCCACAGUCCCGGCCUCCUCCACAUCCCCUGCUUCACUGGCACAGCUCUCGGGUUCUACUACAAUACCUAGCUCCACCUCGUUUCCCCCAUCCUUGGCACCGGUGCAGCUGCCAGCAAGCAGCAGUGUGCCCAGUGGUGUGCCAAGUACUGUGGUUCCCUCUAACUCCCUGCCUCUUGUAAGUGCUGUUGGUAGCAGUGAGGGUAUUGUCAGUAACGAGCAGCCUACUGCCCCCCAGCUUGCUGCUGUGCCCCUCACCUGUGCUGUCACCACUGGGGUCCCUGCUGUACUUCCACAGGUUCCAGGCCUGCUGCCUGUCACCAGUGGUGUGCCAGCUGCACAGCCCACACUGGUGCACACACAGCCACAGACUUCCAUUAUGCCCAACCAGGCCCAUGGCCACUGUGGAGAGUGUGAAACAGACCCCUUGUCCAAAGCACCUGGGAUUGAUGACAUCCAGGCCCUGGACAAGAAGCUGCGUUCCCUGUUCAGUGAUCUCGGCUCCAGCUUGUCAACUUCAUCGCCUGAUGCACCUCCUGACCUUGCUGCUGUCCCGGGGACCUCCUCCCCGACUGGUACCAGCUCUGCAUCUGUUGCCACCAGUGCCCCUCUCCCCCCUAGCAGUUUGCCGCUGGGACCCUCCAUACUGCCCACCUCUACCUCUUUGGUGACUCCAAGCCAGGCUGCCACCCCAGGCAAGGCCCCUGUGACUAGAGUACCGGUGUUGCCUGUUGGCUCAGAGCAGGCUGGCACCCCGCCCACAGAACAUCUGCCACCCUUCCCAGGACCCUGUCUAACUCAGUCCCAGCAGCCUCUGGAGGACCUGGAUGCCCAGCUCCGCCGUGCUUUGAGCCCUGAGACCGUCCCCCACGCAUCUGUCACUGCACAGCCUGCGGUGUCCGGAGUGCCUCCAGGUGGACAGCCAGUCCCAUUUUCGCUCACUGAGGAUGGGGAACCAGUGGUACUAACACCUGCCCCCAGUAGCGGCAUCACAGUGGGACGAUUCCAGGUGUCUGUUGCCACCGAAGAGGUUAUACCUGCCCAUUCCCACCAUAGUUCCUCAGACUCCUCAUCUUCGACAUCAUCCUCCACCUCCUCUUCAUCAUCCGCCUCGUCCUCUUCCGUGCUCUCAAGCCCUGAGAGCACGCUGCACAGGACUGCCACUUCUCUCAGGGACCCCAGCGCAGAUGUAGUGGAUGGCCUGCCUCAUCAGACAACCCCCGUUUCUGACCCUGGCCAUUCUGCUGAUGCACAACCUACUGUCAUCGGCCGCUUCCAGGUCACUACCAGCUCGAGCACCAGAGUGGGUCGCUUCUCUGUCAGCCGGGCCCAGGAUGAGGCCCUUGCCCCCGAGGCUCAGCUGGCUCAGCCCAAUGGCCCAGCGUUAACCCCCGAAGCCAAAAGCUCCCCACCUAGCCUGAACAACUCCUUCAUAACCUAUGUCAGCAGUGAUAAUGACUCAGAGGAAGAAGACAUCAAGAAGGCGGUCACUAUACUGCGAGAGAAACACCUGAAGGAAAUUCAAGCUCUACAUGCACAGCAAAAGGCAGAAAUCGAUGCACUCUACAUCAGUUGGGGCAAAGUGCCUCCGGCAGGGGCGGGGCCCCCCAUGGUGGCACUGGCAGGUCGCCGGAGGAGGCCCACCAAGGGCAAAGGCAGUAAGGGCAGCCAAGCUCGCAGCCCCCACCAGCCAGGCACUUUAGCAGCGCAGAGUGCCCCCUCUGUGUUCCCACCCCAGCAAACGCUUCAGCCCCCUGGGAUGAUGACUGAUUCAGGCAGCAGCCCACUUCUUCAGCCUCUCAAGCCUUCACCCUCCAGUGAGAACCUCUGUUCCACCUACACCAGUGAGGCUGCGCUCUCCAUGCCCAGCCUCUGUGCUCCCACGCAAGGCUGCGUAAAGUUCAGCUGUGGGUCGGAGAGAGUGACCUUCAAACCAGGUGGCAGAAGGACGCGAUUUCUGAGUACGCCCUGCUUGGCUCUUUGGAAGAUGGUGAAAAAAGUGUGCCCCUGCAACCAGCUCUGUAGGACUAGCAGUACCAGCACUGUCAGUGGGCCAGGCCAGGCUCAGAACCAGACCCAGCCUGCCGCUCCCCUGCCCCAGAGCCGCAAGGGCACCUUCACGGAUGACUUGCACAAGCUGGUGGACAACUGGGCCCGAGAUGCCAUGAGCCUUUCGCAGGGAAAGAAGGGCUCCAAGCAGGCCUCACACCCCCAGUCAACCUCCCAGAGCCACCCCUUUGAUGUGAUUCCUCCGGUGAAUGUGGGACGCAAGUUCUCUGCCCCGGGCCAAUUGUGUCCCAGUGUGGCUUCCUCCCUCGGCAACGCACCUACAUCCCUGGGAGCCCGCAAGGGCUCGCUUUGUCCUGCACCCACAUAUGGCUUCCCCAGUGCAGCCUUUGGCACCUCUCAGUGGGCCAGCUCCACGGGGCAGCCCCUGGCACCAUUCCAGCCAGUGUCCCAGGGAUCCAUGCAGAGCUUCCAGAAAUCCGUCAGCAACCCUGGCGGGCCUAAUCUGAGGACCACAUAGGCCUUGUGGCGAAGGCAGGCCAGGCCAGACUGGAAUGAGCAGCAGAGAGUUGGAGAAGGGAGGGCGUGUGUGUGUGCAGUGCUUCUGGAAUGAACUUGGGUCAAAAGCUUCUCUUAUUUUACUUUUCCUUCUUUUCUCAGACAAGAGUGGAGCAGAAGGAAUGGGGAGAAAGCCAGGCUAGUGUCUGAGGCUCUACACUGCUGCUGUUGGGUUUUUUUUUCUUUGUCAUUUUUUCCUGUUUUUUUUCUUUUUUUUUUUUACUGGAGAAUGCCAGGUGUUAUGUACACAUUGCACCUCCAGAGACUGUCCUCCCUGCUUCCUGUGGGGAGGGGCACAGUAGCACAAAAGCAAACCCAUUGCAGACAUAAAUUGUUUGAAGGGGCCAAAAAAGAGACUUGCUGGGAAAAGAAUGGGCUGCUGGGUAGUGGGACCAUGGACCCCAGCUGUAAGCUUUCUGAACCCCAUCCCCUCAUUACCAAACAGGGUGCCCAGAGCUCCACCUCCAGUGCUGUGUGAGCUUUUGUGGGGAGAGAGCAAUUGCGCUGGCGCCCUUGACUGGUCAGACAGUAAAUGUAAGAGAGAGGAGGUCCGGUAUGUUCUUCAGUCCACCUCCUCUUCCUUGCUGCAGUAUGAUGCAAUAAUUAUUAGGAUGGCAGUGUUAGUCCAUUUUCAAACCCAAAUUCAAAAGUGACCUUCGUAAGAGAAAAAUCCCAUGUACGGUCUAUAUCUUUUUAUCAUUUGUUAUUGGUUGUUCCAUUUGUUUAACCCCCACCUACCUGGUUAGGAGCAAGCAUAUGAUGGGAAGCCUGUCUUGAGUGUUUGUUAUGCAGCAUCACUCAGCCUGGGAAGCUCUGCUGAGACUGCAAUUUCACUCUGUUUCAGUGGACUCCAGUGGGCUUCGAGAGCCAGUAUCUCUACCUAAUCAGAUGCUCUGCAUCUGGGAGAGCGUGGAUCUAAGGACUCCACUAAAGCUGCACUCCAGCUGGGGGAGAAAUGGGGAUUGGUCCUUUAAAGACUUGAUGAUGAUAGUAGUAGUACUAUUAUUAUUAAUAGUAGUAAUAUUAAUAAUUUCUAUUAACUGUACUUUGGUUGGAUUUUGUUCAAGGAUGGUUAUGAAAUAAGGUAAUGUUUGGUGUUUUUGUCCUGUCUGGCCAAGUUGGAGGGAAAGAGGAGGUCCCCAAAGCCCAGUUGCUGCACGGUGUGUAUGAAGUCUGGCACCUCAGCACAUGAUGCUUGUGAGGAUGUUGCAAGCUUUAACUCUCUUACUAAUGGUAACUGCUUUUGUAAUCAUGGCAGCAUUAGGCCCUCUUUCAGUAGUUUGAUUGAAAUGUAUAUUUAAAUGAAAAAAGAAAAAAAGAUGAGUGUUCUGUAUGGACCUGUAUCUACCCAUCAGUUUUUGAUGUUGAAACACUGUGAUUAUUAUAAAUGUUGUUGGACAACAUUAGUUAAAAGACAAAAGUGGAACUUGGGAGGGUUAUUAUACGUAGACUAAAGGCUAGCUAUUUCAUUAUAUAAUACUUAUUUGAGACACUUUAACCUUUUUCCUUCCUACUUUCUUUAUAUUAGAUAAAUGUGAAUGUAAAAAUGGUUUCAAUUAAUGUACUUGAAUAACUUUUUUCCUUGCCCUGUUGCCCCAGUAUGCUUGCUGGAGUUUAUAGUGCCUUGCAUUCUUUGAUUUCCUUCAGAUUUGGACAUAGAGUAGUGGGAGAGGUGACACUUUGUGCUUUAAGUGCUUAACUGGUCCUGUGGAUUGAGCAAGAAAUUAAGGUACACUGUGGGGGUGGGAAUUUUUCGGUGCCAUUUUUUUUUUUUUGUUUCGUUUUGUUAAAUUAUGUUCUCAAGACUUUGCCCUGGCCUUCGGAGAGAAAUGGAGUGAGUGAGUUUCCUUGAAGGUUGAACAGCUAUACGGAGGGAGCUGUAAACAGAGCAUACUGACCCGUCUUAGAUACGUUUCUCCGUUUUGUUCACUUAAGAGCAGUUGCCCAUAGCUGUGAGGGGAUUGUUUGCUGUGACCCUUGACCUCUAAUGGUAGAAUGUAACAUUUGCUUGCAAUUUCUGCCCUAUUGUUUGAAAGUUCUCACCUCUAAGUCAUGACCCCCUUUUGCCUUGUGUUUGUAAGGAAAAAAAGUUUAAGGAAGGUUGAUGAGGAAGUGAACAGAGAUGUACAAGAAUGUGAGUAGCUUAACAUUGGUGCAUUUACAUAGCACUAACCAGGUCCUAUAGCCCGUUGUGCGCACGUGUUGUCUCCCUUGUAGUGCUGCUAUGUGCAGGGGUCAAGGAACAGAAGGAGAUGGAGGUAAGAUGUUCAACACAAGGCUGGGGUGUCACUUUCCUUGCUCUUUUCUUUCCUCACUCUUUCAUUUUGUACCGUCCGUACUUUGAAGCACGUAUGUUCUGUACAGGUUUGUAACAGAUCUCCAUCCUGUGGACACCUCUCACAAAACAGCGAGACGGUCAGUCCAUUCGUUCUCCAUCGCUUAGUGCGCGCUCAUUGUUUCUGCAUUGCUAUAUUCCGUUCCGCUCUCCUCCUGUUUCAAGUGUCCGGAGUCAGCCCUUUUCCUUCCCCCAGCAGAUAUGGAUUGUGACGUUACUGCUAUAGCUGAAGCCAGAGGCUGAAAUGGCCCUCUGGACUUUGCCAGCUUUUCUCCCUGCCAGUAUCUCACCACGUCAUCAGCCGCAUGCCCAGAAUCAAAAACAUCUGUCCUAGAAAUUAGAAAGACAGUUUGAACUUUCUCCAUCAAAUACGUAAUCGGGAAGAAGCCUAAAGCGUUGGAAGUGGCAAAUGCGCAGAAGUCUGAUAGCUUCAGCUCUGGCACAGCAUGCCUUCUUCCUCUGGUUUUGGGGUGCAUGGCUUUGCUGUAGAACAUCUAUAUGGCCCACUGCUGGGGGAGUGCAGGGGUACCUGCCUUGAUCAAUAUUUGCAUCAGAACAGUUCUUUAGGACCAUCUGCAGUGAACUUGAGCAGAUUUGGUUAAGAAUACAGAUAGUGAAUAUACUUUAGAAAAGUGAACUCUGUGGUUUAAUUCUCACUCACCAUAACUACUGAUAGCUUACAAGGACUGCUAUAUUUAAAGCCUGUUCUUACUGCUUAGCUGUCUCAGUAAAUUGUCUGGUACAGGAAAGUGUCACUUGAAUUGGAUUUAUAGAUUCUCAGCAAUUGUCUUUGGUCAGUGGUCAUUAUAUUCUGGUUAUUUAAACAAGAAAAACUUGCUUUUUGCUCUGUAAAAUGUUGUUUUGCCUGUUUUAUAAGAUUAUCCUUUCCUACAGAAAGAAAUCAGUACAGUAUUACAUGACACGGUUUAUUGAAGCUGUGAAGAAGUCGCUUUGAUUUAUUUUGUGCUUUUUCUUGUUUAGUUUUCCAGAAACCACAUGUACAAUAUGGAUCGAGUGCCAUUCCCCUGCAGAAAUAACUUGAGUAAAAUCCCUUAUUUCACAACUGAAAAACUUGUUUACUACAUAAGAGCACCAAAGUGGCUCGUAUGCAAUGUUUAAUGUUGGGGAUUCAUUGGUUAAAAAGGCCAUUCUCUGAUCACACGCAGAGGCGGCAAGUUACUGAAAAGUGUAUUAGUAUUGUUAUUUUGGAAUGCAGAAUCUGCAACUUUAUUUUAUUCUUUUGCCUUUCUGUAUUGAAUGCCUAGCAAAGUGCCGAUAUGUAGAAAUGCUACUCAAUGCAGUAACGAAACACCAGGUUUCAGUAAUUGGUUCAUUUCUCUCAGAUAACAUUUGCAUGUGCUCUUUCCCAUUACACUCAGAGAUGCACACAAUGAUUUUGUUUAAAUCGGGUUUGUUUUCCAGUCAACCUCCUGUGGAAGAAAAAAAAAAAAAAACAGAACAAUACUGUUACUUAAUGCUACUGACCUGUCAUUAAGUUAUUUUGUUUUGUACUACUAUCUGAUUUCUUGUUUUACUGUCUCUAGGCCUCCUAGUGACUUAAGUCAAUGGUUUCCAUAUGCUAUUUAACAUUGUACAAAAUCUUCAAUAAAAAUUAAAAGUACCAAAAACAUGUA